AUAAUUUUAAAUAUGUAUAUGUAUUAAUAUUUGUUGUAUAAUAAUGGAAACAACCAAAGAUUCUAGUGACACUUUGGUACAAUCUCCAUUAUCUGACCUCCCUUUUGACCAUAUCAUAAAAUACUCAUAUAAGUACUCUGAAGACUCAGAUUUUGAGAAUUUUAAGGAAUCUGAUAAAAUACCUCUGUUUCUAAAGUUUUUGAGUCAAAUUUGGUCAUAUUUAACUGAUUCGUCCCUGUACAAUGAGUUAAAAUCCAAGAAAACUCAUAAAUUGGUCCCGUUUAUGGACAGUGACACCACCAGGGAACUCGUAUCCUCUAACAUACUUAAAUUUCUCGAAAAUUACAAAGAAGAAAUAUCGCCUAAUUCAAAAGAAUCCGAUUCUUCGUCCUUACUAACAAGUGUAGCUCAAGGUCAUCUUUUGACCUGUUUUAAGCUUUUAUCGUCUUUCAUACUGUAUAAUGAUGGAGAAUUGAGUGAAUUUUCAGUGUAUCCCUUGACAAAUCUAGUUAGGGUAUUUAUGAAGCUGGUCCCAAAAGCUGUUGAUUUAUCAACCCUGUUGGACUUUUUAACAGAUUUAGUCAAGAAUUUAUCGCAUGAGAGUUGUUUGGUGUUUGGUAAUUUUGUAGUUGAUAACACUGAGUAUUUUUCUGGCAUCUUCAAGGAGAUGGAACAAAAUCCAAGUUCACAACGAAUUUUACAAACCUGUGGAGCUAAGUUAAUUGGGCUAGUGAAGGUUUUUGAGUCUAAUUUUGACCAAUUUUCACAUGAUUCACAACAUUCCUCGACUUUGUUCCAUUUGAGAUUCUUGUUGGCACUUUGCUUACCAAUUUCACAUUUAGGAAUUUGUAAUCGCCAGUCAGUAACAAGCGAGUCUAAACCGGUAAAUAAGUGUACCUUGGAGGAAUGGAAUAAGUUAGAAAGAACAACGCUAAGGUCAAAAUGUGAAAGUAUAUCUGAUUAUGAGAUAGCAACAUACGAAUCACUACUCCCGUCCUCAACAACUAAAGUUCCACCCAACCAAAUCUAUGACAUUAAGUCAUACCUUAACAUCGGUGAAAAAACUGAGAAAACAGGUUUUAGAAGUGUGAAGAUGCCAUCUUAUGAAGUUUAUUCUAACUUUUGUGAUUUGUACACAUUUUUACAAAACCCAGAAAUUAUACUUGUGAAAACCCAAGAGUAUGUGGAUGAGUUGCAAAAAAACUAUACUAAAGUGUUGUCUUUUGUAAACACACUGGCUGAAACUAGCAGUGGAACUGUAACACUGGGACCAGAUUUGGUUUUUGUACUUGGUGAGUUUGACGGCGGUGUGUGCGAGUUUGUUAAUAAGGCUAUGGAUUUGACAUUUUGGUCCAGUUUCUUAGUGUACUCGUGUUUAUCCUUCCAAAAUUUAAAAUCUUUUCACAAAAAGUCGAAAGAAUCAACAACAUACCAAUUGCUCAAGGAUAAGUGUGCAACUGUAUUGGAUAACAUUUACAAGAACAUCUGGGCAACAAUUGUAAAAAUCAGAAAUUUGGCUAUAACGACAAAUUGUUUGCUUGAUAAGGAACAACACUGGAUUAACUGGAAGUUGAAUGGCUGUAAUGAUGAGUUGGAGCCGAUUAGUGAUAGCAAAUUCGAGUUGGUUCGUUCAGAGUUUAACUUCUUUCCUGAGGAUGUGGAAUUGGACGAGCCCGAAACUGAGGACAAAAACGUUCUAACAACCUUGAGGGAGCUAGAAAAGAUAUCGCAUAAAUUUGGAGAUAAAGACUCCUCAAUAGGAGUAAAUUAUGUUCCACUGAUUUCAAAUAUGGAACUGAAUAAAGAGUCAGUUUACUGGUAUAUCCAAGACUCGGAGCAUGACUUCUCAAAGAUGAGUUGUGAUGAUCAGUUGUUGAUGAAGUUCAAUGACUACUGUAAGAAGCUGGACAUGGAUGAGGACCCAGAAAACGAUAUUUCCGAAAACGAAAGAAGUAAAAACAACCCUAUUUUCAAGUUCAGGUUCACAAGGCUUUUUGGAAAAUUCCACUUGGAGAAGUUCAUGGAGAUGAGUAGGGAUGAUUUGGCCACAGGUAGCGUGGAAUCCAUGUUAAGGGCGUUGCGUGAAAGUAAGGGAGAAGUUAAGGGAUCACCGACAAAGAAGCAGAAAAAAUAA